AUGUCCGCCGCCACUAUGGCCCCUAACAUGGCGGCAGCUCCUCAGGUCACGCCAGCUACUCUUGUCACCCUCAAAGUCAGCUAUCAUGGCUCAACCCGCCGAUUCAAGCUCCCUCUGCGGGAAAUGGUUCCUGCGUUUCUGGAAAACAGGAUCCGAGGAGUUCUGAACAUUCGCCCCGAUGCCGAUGUUGUGUUUGAGAGAUACUCCGACUCUGCCACCUCUUACGUAGUGCUGGACAAGGCCAACACCUCAGUAUACAAGCAGCUCUACCGUGCUGCUAAAGCUAAGCAGAAGCUCAGGCUUCGUGUGACAGUGAAGGAGACACCAGCACAAGCAUCCCUCGAUUCGCUCAUUCAAGCUGCCGAGCCCGCUGAAACCCCCGUGGAGAAGGUUGCCGAAGAGCCUGUCGAAAAGCCAACUCUGCCGAUUCCGAAAGAGUUGAUUGAGGCCAGAAUUGCCGAAGCCAAGGCUGCCGUGGCCGCCAGGGAAGGACCUAAGCCUGCUUCGGUGGCCGAUGAGGUUGAGGAAGAAGCACCUGCAGCAGUCUCGAGCCCUGCCGAAACUUCCGAGGAGAUCGAGCAACCUACACCCGUCGAGCCAGUCCAACCUCUGAAGAUCCCAGACGCCGUCCUCGCUGAUUACGAAUUGGCCAUUUUGAAGUUGGAGCAACAGAGUCAGGCACGUUUCGCUGCCGAGAUGAACCUCGUGCCCCCUGCUAUCAGGUCAAACUAUGCUGUCUGCUGUAACAGCUGCGACAAGAAUGUUCCUGACAUGCAUUAUCACUGCUCAAAGUGCGACGGCGGCGAUUUCGAUCUCUGCUCGGGGUGUGUGGAUCAAGGUGUCGCUUGCUACGGCGCUGACCACUGGUUGAUCAAGCGGUUCAUCAAGAACGGCGUUAUCAUCAACAGCACCACCGAGACGCUGCCUCCCAAGCAGGUCAAGCAAGCAGCUCCUCCCUCCCCUCCAUCUCCCCCAAGCCCUGCGGCCGAGAAGCCAUCCACCCCCUCAGCUUCAGAGCGCAUCAUUCCCAUUUUCAACGGCCUCGCCUACUCCAGCAUGCGCACUUGCAACUGCUGCGUCCGGGAGCUCCCCGAGGUGGACUUUGUCCACUGCUCGACCUGCGAGGAUUAUGACCUUUGCCGAAGUUGUUUCGCCAAGAACACCCAUGGUCACCACCCCAAGCACACCUUCGUUGCCGCUGUUGAGGGCACACGCUUGGAGCCUGAUGUGGCUCGCCGUCUCGGUGCUGGCCGUGGCCAAAAGCACAAUGCCAUUUGCGAUGGUUGCGAUACUAACAUUCGCGGCAUCCGUCACAAGUGCCUGAACUGUCCUGACUGGGAUUAUUGCAGCGAGUGCAUGGCGAACGCCUCUUUUAUUCACCCCGGUCAUCGGUUCGUGCCCAUCUACGAGCCACUCGAGUACGCCGGUAUUUCCGACUUGUUCGCCCGCCCUACUCACCAGGGUAUCUGUUGCGACGGCCCCCUCUGCUCAGUUAACCGCAACAACUACACCUACAUCACGGGAGACCGUUACAAGUGCGCUGUUUGCAAUGAUACCGACUUUUGCGAGGCUUGCGAAGCCAGCCCUGCCAACACCCACAACAAAACUCAUCCUCUCAUCAAGUUCAAGACGCCCGUUAGACACGUCAGCGUCACCACCACAGGAGAAAAUGAGAACGGCCGUGCCAUCCCUACCAUGGGAGAUCGCCGUCCUCGUGUGACCACUUCUCGAGCCACCGAGACUGUCAACGCCCCUGUGCUGUCGUCUUCCAACGUGCAGACUGUCAUUGACGUGAAGCCCGUGGAGCACGAGAUCAACAAGGAGGUGGAGGAGAAGCCUGCUGAGAAGGUCGAGAUCAAGACUGAGACGACCGAGGUGAGGCCUGUGGAGCAGGUUGCUCCUGCCGCUCCAGCUGAGCUCGUCGCCGUGUUCGUCAAGGACACCGUUGCUGAUGGCACCGUCAUGGAGCCCAACCACGUCUUUGAGCAGACCUGGAUUCUUCGCAACGAGGGCAAGACAGCGUGGCCCGCUGGCUGCUCUGUCAUGUUUGUUGGCGGCGACUAUAUGGGUCAUGUUGACUCGACUCACCCGGCAGCUACCCAGGACCUCCGUGCGUCCAACGUCUCGACUGUAUGCUAUUCCCCCAUCCUCCCAGGAGAGGAAUUCCCCUUCACCGUCUUGCUCAGAACUCCUCUGCGCACCGGAAGAAUUGUUUCCAACUGGCGUUUGACCACUCCCGAUGGUCUCAAGUUCGGCCAUCGCCUAUGGUGCGACGUCAAGGUCGAGCACCCCAAGUCGGUCGCUCCUGUUGUUUCCGAGCCAGUGAAGGAGGAGCGCGAGGUCAUCGCCAAGCCCGAGCCUGCGCUUGCACCCAAGGAAGAGGUUCAGCUUCACCAGAGCCAGAUGAUCUUCCCCAAGCUUGAGAAGGAAUCGCCCGUCUCCAGCUUGCACGAGGAUGACAAGUCUGAGUCGGCGGUUACGUACGAGCAGUACGAAGACUGCGAGGAUGAUGACUGGGAUGCUGCCGAGUCGGAGGAGGGAUUCAUGACCGACGAAGAAUACGACAUCCUCGAUGCUUCCGACGAGGAAUACUCCGAGGCUCAUACUCGCAAAUAA